AUGAACGAAAGGCGGAGGACUGCUACUAAGAACCCUGGGCUGUCGGCUCCCAAUGGCACCGUUCCGCGAGGUCCCAGCCAUGCUGCUGGUGGUGGUGGUAGGGGCGGUGCUCCCGCUGGUGGUAACAAGGGAAGUGUGAUCACCUCGGGUGCUGGUAGGGGCGGUGGUGGUGUUGCCCCUGGUGGUGGUGGUGGCGUCUCAGGCCAGCCGCCGCGCAACAAUAACGCGACCAGCACCGGAGAUUCGAAGCGUUCAGGAUCUUCUGUCAGUGGCACAACUCUGGCAACCGUUCUGGCGCAGAGGAACAAAGGGAACAACAACCCGCCCGCCACCAAGAGACCCGAUUACGCAAGGGAGCGCCGCAUCGCCGAGCUCUUGGUUCAACGUGCCUCCGUCGUCACCGAGACUGUCCUGGCUAUGCUGAACCUGGGGUACACGCAGGGCCCCGGCCCCACGUCCUCCUCCGCUGCGGGCCCCAUCAGCCAGUACAAGCCUCCGACCGGUGGCGGCAAAGGCGACGGCGACGGCGCCGUCAAGGUGAAGACCGACAUGUCGCCGGUGACCAUCGCCGACUACGCCGCGCAGGCGCUGCUCAUGUGGGGCCUGAGGAAGGCUUUUCCGAAUGACUUGCUGCUCGGCGAGGAGGACGCGGAAGAACUGAUGAGGAACAGAGAAAUGCUCACGAAGGUCUGUGACGUGAUCAACAAGGCGCGGAGGAAAGACGAGGUGCUGGGUGCUCUCGAGUCCGGGGUCCCAAAGGUGUUUGGGAUCAAGGACGGCAAGAAGAAAGAGAGAGAUGUGGAGCUCGAGAAUGGCAAAAGGUACUGGAUCAUGGACCCCGUCGACGGCACGUCAGCCUUCAUGAACAACGGCCAGUACGCCAUCCUGCUGGCCCUAGUGAAGGACGGCGAGGGGGUUCUCGGGGUGUGCGCGUGUCCCAACACGGGCUACGAUGAGGCGGUCAAGGGGGAGAGAGUCCGAGAAUACAUGGUGGUCCCGGGCAGGAAGAAGGAACCGGGGCUCAUGCUGGCCGCCGUGAAGGGCCAUGGGACGACCAUGAGGAAGCUGGGACACACGGACCUGCUUGGCGGCAUUCGACUCGACUGGUCCAACCAUCCGCCUCUCUCCCUUACGAAGGACUCGAAGGGGCAUCCUGACUUGUCUAGCCUGACCUUUAUCGACUCGGAGAAAAGCCCCAAGUCUCGGUCUGACGUGGUUAAAGCCCUCGCAGGAAGAAACUACAGGAACGGGGUGCAGGGGUACUCAUCGCACUGGCGCUACGCGGUCGGAGCCAUACUGGGCCCCGGAGUUGUCCAGGUCCGAUGUCCCAUCAACGAUAAGCGCGACUGGAAAAUCUGGGAUCAUGUCGGCACUAUCGUGAUUUACGAGGAGUCCGGGGCAGGCACGGUGACCGAUAUGUACGGUAAGCCUCUGGACUAUUCGCACAGCCCGGCUAUGACGAAGAACUGGGGCGUCAUCGCAGCACAUCGUUCGAUUCACCAGCAUGUCCGCAGAGCUGCGUGGCACGAGUUGAACUUGAUCAACCAGGCGUAA